AUAUUUCACAUUAAUUAUAGUUCAUCUCAUAAUGACCCGUAACUACGUCAGCUGAUAAAACAAACAGAUAACGCAGUUGUCCGAAGUUUUUACUGACGUUUGUACGUAAAAUUAUUUACAAUGGCUUCUAUAACAUUACCAAUAAGUAUUUCUGGAGUAAAUUCUUUGAGUGAUGAACAAUUUGAGUCAACGUUUGCUAAUGUUAUUGAAUUAUGGCCUUAUGCAGCUAAAGAGGUGAAAGGGAAGAGGCCGUUCCAGAAUGUACCAGCUCUUUGUGAAGCAUUCCAAACUUAUUUGGAACAUAUUACGUUAGAAGAUAAACUGACAAUAUUGAAGCUGCACCCUGACCUAGCUGGACGGUUGGCAGCGAGAGGUGAACUAACGGCAGAGUCUGCUGGAGAACAGAGGGCAGCUGGCCUGGAAGGACUAACGCCCGAACAGAAGAAAAUCAUGGACGAGAGUAAUCAAAGGUAUAAAGCGAAGUUUGACUUUCCCUUCAUCAUUUGUGCGAGAGAAAAUAAAGUGCAGUCAAUAAUUGAAGGACUACAACAUCGGUACAGCAAUAAUAGGGAGCAAGAAAUUACAACUGGUAUCAAUGAAGUGAAGAAAAUAUGUAAGCUUCGAAUACUCGACAUUGUGAAGAACUGAUUCGUGGAUCAAAUAAAAGCGUCUAACUAAAA